AUGUGUCAAAACAAGUUAAUGCAGCACACCUCUUUUGUUGAUGGUUGAUUGCACCUCUAAUGGGGAGUCAAGGUAAGAAACAUUCUAAUGGAAGCCAUCAUGGAUGCGAAACCCUAGAUAAUAUCAACGUCUCUCCGAAUCCUUAGCGUCUAAAUGGUACUUAUGAUGAAGGUACAAAAGAAUGUCUUGUCACCUACACAUGUGAUUUAUUAUGUUGGGGAAAGUAACAAGAUGCUCAGGAAAUUUCGCAAAGAUGGUCAUAGCUGGAAGAAGAAAAAGGAUGGGAAAACUGUAAAAGAAGCUCAUGAACACUUAAAACCUCUUCUACAACAAUAACUAAGUUUAGUGUUUCGCUGAAUGGGUGUUUUUUAAUGAGGUUAGAGUUGCAAAAGGUGAGAUUGUGGAGAUUGUCAAGGGAUCUGUUGUAUGGGUUACAGAUAGGAUUUUGUUUGCAAAAGGAUGUAUUUGUUCAGGAGGUUGAUGAUAGGAAUAUAGUUGGAAAAAAUAAUAUAUUACCCACAGAUUGUACUCCAGUUGGUACGCAACUGGAGAUAUUAAGUAGAAACCAUCCUGUGUCGCGUAUCCACAAAUGUGUUAAUUCUUGAUUAUGAAAGGGAGAGUUGUAUGUUAGGGUAAAAUUGGAGUCAAUGACGAUUUUAAUUUCCAGUGGCUAGUCUUCAUGGAGUACAUUCUGAUCAAAAUCUUGUAGGAAGGAGGUAUUUCUUGUUGUGGGUGAACCUGGCCAGGAUAAGGAAUGUGAUUUCCCCAAGGAUCUACACUUGCUGUUGAGGUGGAAGCAUGUCAUCUCGAUGAGAAGGGCGUAGAACAAGUCAAUAAUGAUGGAGCAUCUCAUGAGAGUGGUGUCAAUACUAUUGGAAGAGAGGACGUGUUAUCUCUGGGGCUUAUGAGCAAGGAGGUUGUUGGUCUACUUGAUGAUACAAUGAAAGGAGACAACAGAACUGGUGUUGUUCCACUCCAGGAAAAAAGUUUGUUUUGAAUCGACUAGCCAGUGAAGGGCCACCAAACUUUUCAGACGAUCCUAAUGAUGUUUCAUUGCCGGAGAUUCUCAAUCCAAUUGAGAAUCUUGAACAACUAUUUAUUGCAACAUUUACUGCUGGUAUACCGUUGUAGGUUUCUGUCCUACUGCGAGAUUCCAGCUGAUCUACUACCUGUUACCAUAGCUCGCCACAAUGUUGAAAAUUGUUGGAGUUCGAGCCCUAAUAAAAGAAGUUCAAAGCCUUAUCCAGAUUUUCCAAACCUGGUUAUUAUUUAUCCUCCAUUUCCUGAGGUGAUAGCAUUUGGUCAAAGACCUAAGUAAAUCAGCCAUUGGUUGCCAUCAUCCAAAGUUGCUUGUGUUGCUAAGGAGAGGUAGUCUCUGUGUUGUGGUCACAUCUGCUAAUUUGGUGGUAGAACAGGCCCCCACCUGUUUUCUUGGAAAAGCCAGUACAGUUGGCCUAGAAAAGGCAGUAGAAGUUUUAGAUACACUUGGCAACAGCAUGAGAAAUUUGAAUUCUCGAGGCUUCAUGAUUGGAAUAGCAUCUCGACAAGACAAAAUAUCUAUUCUAGCAUUUGAAAUUGCAAACACCAUCACCAAAGCUGCAAAUUUAUUGCAAUCUCUUUCUGAAGAAAAUGUCGAGUAUUUAAACAAGGAACUUCUUCCUUCAAAAGGUGUGCAACAGUUGUUGGUUUCUACUAAUAUGAAGGAUCUGCUCACUAUAGUUGCUCAUGACAAAAGGGAGGAUUUUGCUGUUUUCUGUCGUGAAGUCAUCAGAUUUGGAGAUAUGUGUAAAGACCCACAAUGGCACAAUCUAGGUCGCUAUUUUUCCAAGUUGGACAGGGACACUGUUACUCACAAACAGCUAAGAGCAGAGGCGGAAAUGACAAUGCAGGAGCUGAUAACUCUGGCACAACAUACUUCUGAACUGUAUCAUGAGCUUCACGCGCUAGAUAAAUUUGAAAAGGAUUAUCAAAGAAAAAUUGAGGCAUUAAUUUUUUUAAAACUGUCUCUCGAAGGAGAACAUGUCAUGAUGUUAGAAAGCGAGCUAAAACAUCAAAGAAAAACUGUGAGGAACUUGAAAAAGAAGAGUCUUUGGUUCAAGAGUCUGAAGGAGGUUGUAGAGAAGCUUGUUGACAUUGCUACUUUUAUUCAUCAAGAGAUUUCAGAGGCAUAUGGAUAUGACGUAGGGUUGACAUCCUCACCUAGAAGAAAAUCAGAAACACUGGGAGAAGCUGGUCUUGCUUUACACUAUGCUAACUUAAUUACUCGAAUAGAUGCCAUUGCCUUAUACCCCACUUCUCCUUCUGAUAACAUGAGGGAUGCACUAUAUAAUGGAUUACCCCCCAACGUGAAGACAUCCCUUCGUUCUCGGUUGCAGGCAGUCACUAAGGAAGAGCUCACACUUUCUCAGAUCAAAGCAGAUUUGGGAAUAACACUUCAGUGGCUUGUUCCAAUAGCUACAAAUACUAAAAGAGUACUUCAAGGUUUCGGGUGGGCUAAUACUGGAAAUGAUUUAGGCAAGAUGAGUCGGGGACACAAGAAGAUCAUUCGGUUGCAAACUCUGUAUCAUGCAGACAAAGAGAAGAUGGACGAACUUAUCAUUGAACUAGUGACAUGGCUUCAUCACAUGAUCAGCCUGAGAAGAUCCAAUAACGCUUUCCCACCAAAAACAUCCAAGGUGCAGUUCUCUGAGGAAGAUAGAAACUUAUUGGAGAAGGUAAUGCAGAGGGGAAUGUUGGUUCCAGGAAUAAGCAAAAGCCAGGAAUUCGUCAUGUCCAAGAAACAUGUCCAGCGUCUAAGUAAAAGCAUUGGUACUUCUCCACAUACACAGUUCAAAGCCUAACGUAUUAGAUUAAACAGUUUGAGCUUCUAAACUAACAUCUCAAGAUAUUUUUUCGAUACACAUCCUAAUUCUAUAGGGUGGCAAAUGACAAUAACUCAUUAUGGGUUCUAAAGAUUAUAUUAUCCUUGAUCACUACUCAUGGCUAGUGAAGUUUGACUGGUAAGAGUUUUUUGUGUAGUAAAUGUUGUAUGGGUUUCUAUGGGGUGGCAAAUGACAAUAA